ACACCCCUAUAUCUCACUAUGGAACAUGCCAUGCCGUGACCUGCCGAACCGGGGAAUUGAAAAAGAAAUCACAAUUUUAUCGAUAAUGCGAUAUUCAAAAGGGUAAGAGCAGAGAUGAUGCUAAUAUGAGACGUUCUGCUGCACCAUCCCAGCAGGGUCUGGCACCUAAGAGACCAAGGUUCAACCCUCCAUUUCGUUCAAACAACACUGUUCCCCUGAAUACUCCUCUAGCAUUACCAAGUCAACACACGACCCAUUCUGCCUCUCAAAGUCUACCCAGAACUCAACAACCUGCUCAUGGCAAUGUAGCUAAUAUAAACAAAAAUAAAGAGCGGUCAGCUGAAGCAGUAGAAUCAGUAAGUUCUAUUCAACCAGUUGAUGCUAAGGAAAAUAAUGACAAACAAGAAUCAAGAGACCAUGCAGAGAAUGCCUCUGAUAGUACUGUUGCAAAACUGGAAUCAGAUGGGACAGACAUAGGUGAAGGUCAAGGACAUGGUCAAAGUGAUAUCCAUGAGCUUGGUUCUACAGAUGUUGGACAUUUGACUCAUGCCAUGCAUGGGUCAGCCCUUGUAGAAGAAAGCUCUACUGGAACCAGACCCAAGCAUCUCCUUUCCAAGAGCAGUUUGAGGCAGAGAAAACCAUUCAUGGUCAAACAGACUACUCCAGCCGUCAAACCACCCAUGAAAGAAACAGUAGAUGAUGAUGGACCAAAUCGUCAUUUUUACAGUGUAAUGUGGUGUAAACUUUCAAAGAAAAAGCACAAGAAGUGGGAAGGAGAUGCUCUUCUGAUUGCCAAAGGCAGAUCCGUGACCCUACUGGAUACAGAAGGGAAGGAGAUAGGUAAAGGUAGUGGAUACAGACCAUCAGAGCUGGAGAGCAUGGAGGAAGGUCACACGUUGUGUGUGGGUGGCAAGGAAAUUGAGGUAAGAUAUCAGUCUAAUCUUAGCCUUGCUCUAGGAGUUAAGUGUUGCUGUUUGUUAUUGUAAUGGCACUAGAUAUUUUCUUUUUACAUAAUUAGUGUCCUUUGUGCUCAUAACAAGACACCAAAAUGAAAAAUAUAAUAUUAUUUGUUUAUUAGUUUGAACGACCUGAAUGCAAGAAAAUUUAUCUAUAAUGGUGAGCAUAAUCUUGAUCUUGCUGUAGGAGUUUUUAUUUGUUUGUUCAUAUAUUCUUUGUGGAUAAAAUGUUUAUUUAAUGAGAAUAAAGUAAAUUUUUGAGGAAUUUCAUGGAGUCAGUUUAAUAAUCUCUCUGAAAAGGUGAAUUCUUAUGUCGAUUUUACAUCAUAUUGUAUUAUUCUAUAGUUUGUAGUAGAUUCAUUUAUCGAGUGUCUGAAAUUACACAUUGUACAUACCAGUGACUUGUAUUUCGGCACAACCCUAGUUUUUUUAUAUACCUUUUAAUUAUGACAGUGAUCAGUGCUAACUCUUUCCCUCUCUUUCUAGCAAUGAUUGUUCAUUUUUUUCCAACCAACGAUAAAUAAUUGUACAUAAUUAUAUAAAUUUUUUUUGGUGCUAGGCUUUUCUCAAGAGCAACUUGCUGAUUAAAAGUUUCAGUCAGGGUUUAUGUUUGCAGAUUACAGAUUGACUGACAGGCUAGGUCCUAGUCUGCAGGCACAGUCCCUGAUUGAAAGUUUAAUCAACAAAUGGGUCUUGAAACAAGUCUAGCAAAAAUAAAACUUGUAAAGAAAGAAUUAAAGGAAAGAUAAGAAAAACAACUGAAAAGGAAAGAAAACAUUAAGAAAAGGAAAAAAAUAUGUG